CCCUCCCCCGCCCCGAACUGGGGCAGGUCUGUGUGAUCCCCUCUCCGCCCCGAACCGGGCCAGGUCCCUGUGACCCUCCCCUCUCUGCCCCCAAACCAGGCCAGGUCUGUGUGACCCCGCACCCCUCCCGAACCGGGCUAGGUCUGUGUGACCCUCCCCUCUGCCCCCUGAACUGGGCCAGGUUCCUGUGACCUCCAUCCAGAACCAGGCCAGAUCUGUGUGCCCCUCCCCCACCUCCUGGCUGAUCCGGGCCAGGUCUGUGUGACACCUCCCUCCCCCUCCCGAACUGGGCCAGGUCCGUGUGACCCUCCCCCCACCCCCGCUGAACUGGCCCAGGUCUGUAUGACACCCCCGCCCCCGCUGAACCGGGCCACGUCUGUGUGACCCUCCCCAGCCGGUCUGGGUGUCUGUGCCCUCUUCCCUGCCACAAACCGGGCUGGGUCUCUGUAAGACAACAUCCCCUCGGAACUGGGCCAGCUCUCUGUAACCCAUCCACCCCCCACUUCCAAACUGGGCCGGGUCUCCCUGCCCUCCUCCCCUGACCUGGGCCUGCUCCCCCCGAAUAGGGCAGGUCCAUGAUCCUUCUCCCCCAAACCAGGACACGUCUGUGACCCCUCUGUCCCUGAAGUGGGUUCACUGCCCCUGAACCAGGUUCACAGGACUGUGACCUGGACCCACCCCCCACAAGCCAGGCUUAUGUCUCUUCCUUCAAAGAGGGGCUGCCUCCCUCUCUUUGAACAGGGCCAGGUCUAUGCCCCCCUCCACAUGUUUCCGGAUGGGAUCAGAGGACCCCACCAUCCCUUCCCCCAACAGGCUCCACAGUCUCUCCCAGUCCCAAGCUCUAACUCGGCACAAAGGCUGGCUGGCCCAUGGGCGGCUCCCUAUUCCGUUCUGAGAGCCAGGUGCCAACUGGGGGCCGGGGCCACCCUGUGCCUGGGGGGUUGUGAGGAUGCAGAGUUUGUAAUUCUCUUAUAGGGUAAGCGACACAGGUGGACCCCAAAGGGGGAGGGGUAGCAAAUAACCUGCUGGCCCAGUUGGCUUUUAGCUCAUGCAGUAGAGGCUCAUGCACUAAGCUUCAGAGGUCCCAGGUUCAAUCCUGCCCGCUGACGACCAGGGUCUGUCGGCGUUACGUUUGCACAUCUCUGGCCCCUUUCACUGGAGCAUGUCACCCCCGUAAUACCCGCAUACAGACACCGAUGGGGGAGCGACGUGUCGGGGGCACAGGCAGGGGUAGGACCCAGGAGUCCUGACUCUGAACCUUCUCCUCUCCCACAGCCAGGAAGAGAAUCCAGGAGUCCUGCUUCCCGGCCUGUUGCUCGAAGCACUAGACCCCACGCCCUCCCAGGGCUGGAAAUAGAACCCAGGAGUCCUGGCUCCAUACUGACCCUCGCGUGAGCAGGGCUGCUGUGCGCCAGGCGGCAGCCGUGGGAGCUGGGCUCCCUGGAGGAGAGAAGCGCCCUGGCAGGCAUUAGGCAGGUGACUGGCCUGGCCUUUCCUUUUCCCUCUAGGUUGGCAGCCACGGUACUUUGUCCUGGACAGCGGCAUCCUGUCCUACUAUGACUCUCAGGACGAUGUGGGCAAAGGCAGCAAGGGCAGCAUCAAGAUGGCGGUCUGUGAGAUCAAAGUGCACCCCACCGAUGCCACGCGCAUGGAGCUGGUGAUUCCGGGGGAGCAGUAUUUCUACCUGAAGGCAGGGGGUGCUGCGGAGAGGCAGAAGUGGCUGGUGGCCCUGGGCAGCUCGAAAGCCUGUUUGGGCGACAGCAGGAGCCAGAAGGACAAAGACAUGCACCUGAGCAGCGAGUCCCUGGGCCGGAAGCUGUCGGAGCUACGGCUGUACUGCGAUGUGCUGACUCAGCAGGUCUUGGACGUCCAGGAGUCCACGCGGCCCCAGGACAACGGCUCCCCGCUCGAUAUUGAGAAGAUGAACGAAGCCUCCUCCCUGCUCAGAGCCACCUGCAGCCAGUUCAUCUCCACGCUGGAGGAGUGCAUGAAAUUCGCCAACGCCCGCCUGGCACCUGAGCUCUACCAGCCCUCGCCGGCCCCCCUGCCCCAGGACUUCGUGGGCACCAAACUCCCGCACUCCCAUAGAGUGAGACGCUCCCUCAGCCACACGGGCAUCGUGUCCCCCGACAGAGGGGCGGAGCCGCCCCGGCCCCCGGUGCCGCCGCAGAAGGGCGCCGUGACAGUGGUGCGCAACCUGGAGGAGAUGGUGAUGUUCCGCUCGCAGCACUGGGGCCAGCAGGGCCCCGCGCCCGACAGCCCGGUCGGCACCAUCGUGGAGGAGAGGGAAGGUAGGAGCCGCCGGGCAGCCUCCCCGUCACCAGGGGGAGCCGGCACGGUGCAAUGUGGUCACAGCUUGUCCCAUUGCAGAUGAUUACAGGGACUGAAGGACAGCAUCAGCCCUCCUCCCCCGCGCCCCCCAGCUUGUCCCGGCUGACUCUGCCUUUCCUGCUGGCCCCGCCCCCCGCUAGCCAUGCCCCAAUGGGCCCUUUGGGGCUGAGGUUCAUGGCUCCCAUGUGUCACGCUCCCAAGCUGUGUCUCCUGCGGGCAGGGGGGCCCCAUUGGUCAGAGGAGAGCAAGGGAAACAGGUUCUCUAGUGGACUGAGCACAGGACUGUGAGCCAGGACUCCUGGGUUCCAUUCCCAGCUCUGCAAGACAAGGGGCGAGUCCCUCCCUGUUCCUCAGUUUCCCCCAGGAUGGCAAGGCUGGUAGAGCCUCUGGAGGUGGCAGUGGUGGGUUAGCUGAGGCUGUCCUGUGCAGGAAGUAACAGGAGCUGAGUGACUCUCUCUGUCUGAGGGGUCCCUUGCCCAUGCCCCCUGUCUGAUCCAGUCUGGGGACUGGAGCCCUGGGCUCCCUCUUCCGGCGCUAGAGCCCCCCAGAGGCCAGAAGCUGCUGGUCUCCCUAAUUCCUCCUCCCCUCCCUCGUCAGAGGCCCCGCUGCCCACGCAAGAGUCCCCGGCGGAAUCGGCUGGCGGUGACAAGCGGGAGUGAGCGGCACCAGGAUCCGGGCGCUGCCUCUGCCUCACACUGGGGGCUUUGGAACAUCCCCGGCCCAGCCCCAUGGGAGCACGGCCCUUCCCUGUGCUUGAGAGCUGCCAGGGACCAGCAGAGAACAACGGGGCUGUGUUCUCCCCGCCAACUCCUCAGGCUGGCCCCCAACUGCUUCCCCCCUCUCCCAGCGCUGGUCCCAGCUCCGGAGGGGCGGAGCGGUGCCCUUCUGGGAAGGGAGUAGCCUCUAGCAGGUAGAGCAGGGGACUGGGCAUCAGGAUGCUUGAGUUCUGUGACCCGGGGUGGGUCACCUCCACUCUCUGCGGCCAUUUCCCCGUCUGCACGGAGGAGGGUCUGGAAGUGGUUUGGCUGUGCGGGCGGAAGAGGCCAGGGGGGCACUGGAGGGUGGUAUUGCUCAGUGGGUGCCAUGGGUGGUGAGAACGCAGGCUCUCUGGGAUGAGGGGACCGAGCCCCCAGGCUGGGGUGGGGCAGAGGGGGCCUUGUCCCGGGAGCAGAAGAGAAACAUUCUCCUUGGUGCUGAUCUCCCCUGGGCUUGGCGCCCUGGCGCCUGUGUUGGCCUUACGCCCUGUCCCUGGGUCGGUCGGGGGCAGGGGGAAAUCUGCUGAGCAUGGAACCCCCUCUCUGCUCCCCAGCCCAAGGAGCCCAAACGCCAGCUGCCUAGGCCUCUUGUCCCCUCCCCCUUGCUGUGAUGCUGGGCGUGAUGCCAUCAGCGCAGGAGUUGGGGGGGACCCGGGGUGUCUGCGAUCACCAGCCAACACAGUAUUAGAGCUUCAGAGAGCCAGCCAGUGUGGAGGGGCUAACGGCCAAAUGUGAUCCAGCAGGAUCCCCUGUAAUCCGUGGGUGCACAGCCAGUGUCCCCACUGUGUGGUGUGUCGGGGGAGAGCUCUCCCUGCCCCAGGAAUAGUACCGCCCCCUAGAAAUGGAGCUAAGAGGAGAUCUUGCUCUUCUACCCCUCGUCCCAUCCAGUUGGUGCCCAGUUUGGUGCCAUGGUGCAUCAAACCACCUCUUACAGCCAGGCUUCACCUAUCGGGGCGCUCUCUUCACUUUCUCGCCACGGCCUCUGGAUCCAGCAGGCGGGUGAGAAGAGGCUGGUUCCUACGAUCUGGCAGAGUGCCUCCCUCUGGCCAGUUCCCAUCCGUGCCCCGCUGACGGUUCAAGCCAAGGCCAGAAGUGAGAGCCCAGCUGGCUCUCCUGCCGCAGGGGCUGCUGGGAGUAAAGCCUACCUCUCAUCUCAGGGACAGUAGAUGCAGAGAUGAGAAGAAAGAUGGUGCCAGGGGAGGGUUGGCUCCUCCCACCCGGACUUCACCUGAGUCAGGUGACUACACCCAAUGCUAACCUCUUUGAACACUACAGCAAGGACGUGGCCGAUUCUAAUGGAGGUGCAGAACUGUCCCUGCUCUCGUCCUCUGGCUCUCUGUCCUUUGCCACAGGAUUUUGUACAGACGCGUCGCCAGGUUGGGGCUGUUUUUUUGCUGAGGGAAGCAGCCGUUUCUGCGGAGAGCUCUGCCAAAGAUCAGGCCUUGCAAUAAAGACUCUAAUUUUGAAACAA